AGCAAUGUUGACAGAAUGUACAAUUGAACGAUCAAUAUGGUGAGAAAUAUUACAUUUUUGUUUAAAUCCUUUGGUAAGAAUGUAUUGUUACUUUUAACUGUUGAAGUACAUGAAUGUGUUCGUUGCAUUCCUCUGUAGGUAUUUCAUCACGUGAUUUCCCAACAUGUUCCCUAAAACCACGUCACAUGGUUUGUAAAUUCCCCAAGUUUAUUUUCUGUGCCGGUAUGGAAGUCCAGCGCUGGCUCCCCAAAAGAAUACGGAGUCCUGUUUAGUUUAAGAUGUAAGAGAGUAAAAGUACAGGCUCUCCUUGGCAGUAAGUAGUAACCUAACAUAGAUUAAACUAUUAAAGUUGCCUGAACGUUGUAACCGAUCCUAUUGGCCUAGUUACUAACCGCUGUACCAAAUGGUGUCCAUUACUUUCUUGGCUAUGAGUAGAUGGCUCUGUUUGACCCUUUACUGCUCAGUUUCUGACUACAUUGACACUUACUGCCGUGGUAAAUGGUAGACGUUAUGAUGAAGUUAUGAAGCUGUGCAGUAAAAGGAAAAUAAGAAACUUGGUAUUGUGCAGUGUGAAAUCCCGACUUAUUGAUUCUGUUAGGGAAAUUUCAAUAGCAAAUGUGUGCUGUGAUUUUUUCCAAAACCGAAAACAAUACUCAAAUCCCCACGUUACAAUCUAGCAUUUAUACUUUAAAGCAUACUUUAUGAAGGAAAACAUCCUUUAUGUGAUAUCCGUUCUAACUAAGAAACGAUAAUAUUAUAAAAAUGUGUCUGACAAUACCAACGAUAACAUGUUGUUAACGUGUACCAACUAACCUCUCUGUUAUUUGUCUUAUCUUGUGUAAACAUACAAUUUGCAGUUUUAACAACACACAGCACACUCGUUAGAUGGGGGGUAUUCAUACUUCCACUGUUCAACUCAUUCAUUCAAUGAACACAAGGUUCUGUCACAGUGGCGUAACGUUACGCCACUGUUCUGUCACCAAAACCAAGUUUACACCUCACCUCUAAUCUUGGUUAGGGAUAGUAAACGCGAACUGUAUUAUGUUGUUAUUUUCUAUGCGGAACCAAAAGGAUAAUACAAAUUGUAGCAUUUUAUGAAAUGGGUGAGCUAAUUUUUUAAUACAUCAAACUGAUGGGGAUAGAGUUUGACUCAGGAGUUCGGGCUUCUAUAUUCUGCGCUCUAGAUAAAUUUAAAUUUCUUUUCCACAGUUUCGUCACCACUGCGGUACCAGUUUAAAAUAGCAUAGUCGUUACGCGCGGUGACUUUUAUUUAACCAAGUGCAAUAAAACAGUGUUUUUGUUGCGCGGCUCUUAUGCAAUGCGCUGCGCGCAAUCAGAAAAUAUGGUCCGGUGAUGCGCAUGCAGUCGAUAUAAUAUACCUGUAUUUGACUGUUUAAUACCAGUCUUCAGAUCAUAUACUAGAUCAUCAAGGGAAAUUGUAUGAUUUCCAUUCUCUAAAUUUUAAUUUCAAUCGUGAUCCAUACUCAUAUUUUGUGUUAACAAUCUCCGAAACUUAUUCCAGCCAUGUCAUUGACUUCUGAGACAGUUAAAAGGGGCGAGGAAGCGGCAGGAGAAGAAGAGGAAGAAGAAGAAGAAGAGGAAGAAGAGCGGUACUGUGUUUGUCGUGGACCGUACGGUAACAAGUUCAUGAUAGCAUGUGACGGGUGCGAGGAGUGGUUCCACGGCUCAUGUAUCAGCAUCAACAGCGAUCAGGCUAAAACCGUUGACAAGUACUAUUGUCCGUUUUGUAGAGAAAAAGACCCAUCCUUAAAGACGGUAUUCAAGACAAAAAUAAAAGACAAGGAACGGGACAAGCAUCGAGAGAAGAGACACAAGGAGAAGCUGAAGCGCCGUGAAGAGAAGAAGAAACGAGAAGAAAAGAGAGGCAAACAUUCGUUAAACAGUGACUCGGAGGAUCAGGUGCCCGUCAAGAAAGUGAAACCAGAACUAUCGUUCAAGAAGAAGUCAGAUACCCGUGAUGCUUUGAACAAAGAGGAACACAAGAAAUUGAAAAAGUCUAAAGAAGACCUUCGGAUAAAACCUAAGGAAAGGGAUGAAUUUAAAGCGAAACAAUCCGACGAAUCAAAAAGUAGACAACCUCAGCCGGAUGUAAUCCCAAAAGUGAAGCCGGAGGAACCGGCAAAGUUUAAAAUCCCGAAAGAGGCAGAAUCUGUGAAAACUAAGACUGUAAAGAUAAAGGAUGAGAGGGAGGUUCGUGCUCCUGCUCUCGCUACAUCGACAGAGGAACCUUCUAAAAAGAAGGAGAAGAAAAAGGUUGAGGUGCCAGUUAAAAUAGACGAGGUGAAGGAUUUUAAAAAAGAUGAAGAGAAGAAAGAGAAAGCUGACGAACCAACACCGCCAUCGAAGCCUUCAAAAUCCGUACAAUCCCCAAAACCUACCAAAGCCACACCUCCCUCAAAGCAUUCGAAACCAACGCCGCCCCCAAAGCCUUCUAAACCUUCGGAGUCGGACGACGAUGAUGCUGAUUUUGACGUUUUCUUAAAUGCGUUAUCAAAACAAUCCAAACCGAAAGACCCAGUCGUUUCAAGUUCUGAAGAUGAAGAUGUCGAUGUAGGAAUGGACGAAGUUGUGAUGGACACGAACAAGAAGCUAACUAAAAGUGUAAAGGACCAGUCUGUAAGAUUGGGGAAACCUGCAUCCGCACAGGGCCGGAAGAAAGUGCUGAAGAAAAAGGGCAGACCAAAGAAACAGAUCGGAGCUAAAAAUGAAGUUGUCGGUGGUCAGAAUGAUAAAGAAUCGUCAGAAGAAGAAGAAAAGCAGUGUUUAGGACCAGGUUGUUGUAAUGAAGCCCGACGUAGGUCUCGGUAUUGCAGUGACGAUUGUGGUGUCCAGCUAGCUGUGAAGAGAAUCAGAACCUUCCUACCGGAGCGAAAGGAAGAGAUGAAGAGAGGUGGAACAGCCAGAAGGUUCGACGAGGAAAUGAUCAGUGAUCUGGAGAAACAACAGACUGUGGCACAUCAGAAGAUAUUAGAGCUGCAGAACCAGAGAAUGGUGAUAAUGAACCUGGUAGAGAACGCACGUGCUACUAUUCUAGAUAAUAACAGUGAGGAGGACCUAAGUGAUGAGGAGAUGCUGGGUGAUAAUGAGGAGGUGGACUGUGUGAUAUGUGGCAUGGCUUGCACUGACAAGAACGCUGUGAGGCACAUGGAGAGGUGCUACAAUAAGUUCGAGUCUAAGCUAGGACUGGGCAGCACGGUGAAAUGUCACGUGACUUGGGAGAGCCCUGUGUGUGACGCUUACGACAGACAGCAGGGUACUUACUGUAAGAAACUCAGAGUUCUCUGUCCUGAUCACAACAAGGACAAGGAGGAACAUGAUGGGGUAUGUGGUUGUCCGUUGGAUCUGAGUGAAAUAUCCGAGAACAGCACUAUUUGUCACAAGGGUAAACGAGCUUGUAACAAACACACCGGCUGGGAGAAACUCAGAUUAGCCGAGAUAGACAUGGAGCGAGUUCUUCAGGACUUAAAACUAGAAGACAGUUUCGAGGAGAUGAGGAAAGUGAAGUACAGGAUGGCGUACAGAACUAACUUGCUUCAAAUACUGUUAAAUGGAACAAUUUGCCACGGCCAAGAGAGUCGGUCUAGUGUCACGUGAGCUGUCAGGCGAGAUCACAUGAGCUGUCACGCGGGAUCACAUUUGACCAUAUCUGGUAAAGAUCGUGUUUUAAAGUUUGUUUUUACCUUAUGAACUUAUGAAGUUCAUUUCACAUUGUGCUCUAAGAUUAGCCUAAUAUUUUAGCGCUAAAAACUCUCGCCCUGUUGACGGAAAUAUUGAAAUUCUACUCAGAUUGUAACAUUGAUUUUAUUUUGUGUUUGUUAUAUGUAUUUUGUAAUUAUCUUUAUUUAUUGUACCUGCUGAUAUUCCUAUGUAUCUGGUAAAAUGCCUCAUUCAUCAAUCAGUGGACUAUGAGUUUCGUUUAGAUAAAAUAUAUUCAGUAGUUGUUUUCUCUAAUCUAUUCCAAUUAUUUUAAGUUGUGUUCAUUUUAGAUGCUCCCUACUAAACACUGCAAUCUUAAAAACUCACGCUCAACCUUACGAGAUCUAUAAAUGGAUGAAAGCAUAUCAAUUACUAUCAUUGAUCAAUUUAUUAUAUUAUACUAGUUUCAUAAUAAUCUAAUCAUAUAAUUAG